UUUCUUUUUCAAGAGAUUCUACACUUGUGCUAUAUUCCACCCUCUGCAUAUGAUCCAACAAGCUUUGUGCUCUUUAUUUUUCCUAUUUUCAUAGAGAAACCCAUCUAAUUUGUGCUACACGUAUAGUUAUAAUGUGUGAGUGACAGUUUAAUUUUGUUUUCAAUACUUAAACCUUUGAUGUAUGGUUUUGAGUGAGAACGUGGCCAUUUUCAAUUCCAACUUAGCUCAAACUGUUUUGAGGUUUCAGUAUUUCCUCUAUCCUUAUUCUUAUUAUUCUUCCUCUUCUUUUAGAUUUUAUCUUCUUAACUGUAGGCUCAGUUUUUGUAUUUGCACGGAAAUGGCUUUUCAAAUGGAAAGGGAUAUUCUCUUCCAAACCUUCUUGUGUUCCUUGCUCAGUAUCUUGAUGACAAGCCAUGCUCUUGUCACUGAUAUCUACUGUUUAAAAUCCAUUAAGGAUUUCUUGGAAGACCCGUUAAAUUCCUUCUCCUCGAGCUGGAACUUGGACAACAACACCGAAGGUUUCAUAUGUAGAUUUGAUGGUGUUGAAUGCUGGCAUCCUGACGAGAAUAGAGUACUAAAUAUCGACCUAUCUAACAUGGGGCUGAAGGGCCAGUUUCCAAGGGGCCUUCAGAAUUGCUCUUCAUUAGUAGGUAUAAACCUUUCACUCAACGAGCUCUCAGGACCCAUCCCAUCUGAUAUAUCAAGAUUACUCAAAUUUUCUACCAGCAUUGAUCUCUCAAAUAACAAAUUCAGUGGCGAAAUUCCAAAAGCUUUAGCUAACUGCACUUACCUGAAUGCUCUUAAACUUGAUAACAAUAUGUUAAGUGGUCAAAUCCCACAAGAAUUUGGACUGCUCCCCAGGAUUAAAACAAUCUCUUUUGCUAACAAUCAUUUGUCAGGGCCAGUGCCUCAGUUAUUGGAAGUUUCUGCUGAUGUUUAUGCUAAUAAUAGUGGGCUUUGUGGAGGGCCUUUGGAACCCUGCUCUUCCUUGGAAAAUUCAACCAAAUUCUUUGAAUCAUUCAAGGAUGGCGUUGUUGUUGGUUAUGUUUUUUCAGUGACUUGUGUUAUUGUUGUUUGUAUAUCCUACUCCUACUGUGCACCUUGCGACCAACUGAAGAAGAAAAAAAAAAACCACCCAAACAAAGCUAAAGAACUGAGCAAAUAUAUUUGUUCCAUCACAAGGAGGAAGAUACAAAGGGUAGCUAAUCAGAUGCACGAAUUGCUACCUCUGCAGUUGGUAGAGAAAGGAAGCAAAGAGAUCUCUGUCCUAUUGGAAAGUUUGACUUCCACAAUAAGGUUCGAAGAACUCCAUGAUGCAACUGACUGCUUUGCUAUGGACAAUGCCAUUGGGGUGGGGAAGAUGGGAAUAAUGUACAAGGGAAGGUUACCUAAUGGUCAGUUCUUAGCUGUCAAGAGACUAUUAUUAGACUCUCAACUGUUCAAUAGGCAGUUCGUUUCAGAAAUAAUGAUUCAGGGUAAGUACAGACACAGAAAUAUAAUGCCCCUGCUUGGCUUCUGCAUGGAAAGAAACGAAAAGAUUUUGGUAUACCAGUACAUGUCAAAUGGAAGGCUUUCCAAAUGGUUGCAUCCUUUAGAAAGUGAAGUCAUGAGAUUGAAAUGGCCUGAGAGGGUCAACAUUGCACUUGGGAUAGCAAGAGGAUUAUCAUGGCUCCAUCAUAGCUGCAAUUUGCAAAUAGUGCAUCUUAAUAUAUGUUCCGAGUGUAUAUUACUAGAUGAUAAUCUUGAACCCAAAAUAUCCAAUUUUGGAGAGGCCAAAUUUAUGAAUCCCAACACUGAAGAUAAUUUGGGCAUGAUGUUCAAAGUAAAUGAUGGGAAGAAGGAUGUUUAUGACUUUGGAAGUGUACUUUUUGAACUGAUUACAGGAAAAACAUAUAAUGAACUGUCCCGUUCAUUCAGCACUACUAACCUUUGUGGUAAUCCUUCAAAUUUUUAUAAUGCAAUUGAUAAAUCUCUGGCUGGGGAAGGGUUUGUAAAUGAAGUGUGCACUCUCUUUAAAGUUGCUUGUGAGUGUGUUCGGCCUUUACCAGAUCAAAGGCCAACAGUGCUUGAAGUUUACAAUAAUAUGAGCAAUAUAUGGAAGGGAAGACAUGGAUUAAAUGAUGAGUUUGACACACCAUGUGGAUCAGAAAUUGUUUGUGUUACUAGUAUAGAUGAAAUUGUUGAGUUAUAAAAAAUUAGACAAGAUUUUGCAUACAUAGGCUUUGCUACAUGGCCACAUUAGGAAAAAAAAUAAUGUUACUUGUAUCGUUGUCAUUACUAUAGUGAUG